UAAACAAUCACACAUCUUUCAAGCACAUGGACGAAAAAGACAUCAAAUGGCAUCAAUGUGAAAAGUGUCCGUACAAAACACGGCGUAAAAACAAUUUAAGAGCUCACAAUAUAUUUAUUCACAUGGAUCAGGAUGAAAUCAAGUGGCACAAAUGCCACCACUGUACCUACAAAACAAAAUUCGCCUACACUUUAAGAAAACACACGUACUACCAACAUUCUGGUGAUGAAAUCACGUGGUAUCAGUGUGAAAAGUGUGCUUAUAAAAGUAAAUAUAAAAGCGCGUUUAAAACCCACACGAGGAAUGUACAUGGUGGAUGUAAGCCACUCAUAUGCGAAAAGUGUUCGCGCUGGGCGAAGAAUAAGGAAAGCUUGAGGUUGCACAUGUAUAGGUGUCAUGAAGCUGUAAGAACGUACUCAUGUGAGCAAUGUUCAUUUCAAACACGUCACAAAAAUGAUUUAAAAAGGCAUGUUAUGUAUAGACACUUACGUGACAGUGAGGUGAAUUGGUAUCACUGCGACAAGUGCCCGUUUAAGACUAAAGCGAAAAGGUCGCUAAAUUCGCAUUUAAAAAGCAUACACUUUAGUGAUAAUGAUAUUAAAUUGAUCAAUAGGAUGAUGAUGUUAUGAAAUGAUAUUUUUAAUAAAGAAGAUAAUAAUGUAAUUUUGUUUAGGUUUAGGUGACAGAUGAAGUUCCUAAUCGACGAGUGUCGUCAUCGAAAUAGAAACAAUCUAACCCCAAAAAAAAUCAACAAAUUACCGUUUAUUUAAUAAAAUAAACCUGCUCAGUCUUAUUUAUCAAGCCAAACUGUGACAUGGAAAUAUAUUGUUGAGGUUAAAUUAGUAGAAAACAAAUUUGAACCCGCAAGAAGUUAAGCCCAUUAAUGACUAGGUAAACCAUGUCGUUGCUCGAGUAUUUCGAAAAAUCAGUAACUCAUGGUGAAUUUCCCUCCAAAAAAGACCAUAAUGGUAGUCUACCAAUCCACACAAGAAGUCACCUUUUCCCGUUCACCCCCUUCAACUGCGAACGAAACACCAUUGAGACAUAUUACUGCAAAGACUGCACCUUCCAGACCCAACUCACCGUUCUUUUUAAACAACACGUCAAGCUAUAUCAUGGAAUCAAAAAAGAAAAAGAUUUACUACCCCUAGAGUACACCAUUCAAAACCACGAGUGUGACAAGUGCAACUUUGAAACCCAUUUUUCCUUGAAGUGGCUCCAACACACCAUAGCAUGUUUCCAGAGUGGUGGUACCAACCAAGACACUGAAAAUGGUUUCACGUGGUAUAAAUGUGACCAGUGUGAGUUCACAUCCAAGUACAAACGUUCUGUAAAACUACACAACAUCUCAAAACACUUGAACGACGACGAAACAACUUGGUUCCACUGUACCCAGUGUCCAUAUAAAGCUAAACGCAAAAUGUCCUUGAAAAGUCACAUAAUCACUAAACACUUGGGCGACGAGGACGUGAAAUGGUACCAAUGCCAAUAUUGUCCCUACAAAAGUAAGUGUAGUUCGUAUUUACGAAACCACGUGAAAGUGCAUCAUUCGGACGAAUGGUUCGAGUGUGCACUGUGUCCAUACAAAACUAAAGUCAAAUUUCGACUAUCGCAUCACACGACGUCGUGCCACAUGGAUGCGGAAAAUAUUAAAUGGUACGAAUGCAACCAGUGCCCAUUUAAAACUAAACAAAAUCGCUACUUAACCAGUCACAUGUACAUGAAACAUCAACAGAGUAUUAAAUGGUACGAAUGCCAACAAUGCACAUACAAAGCCAAAAGUAAAUCACAUUUAAAAAACCACAUAAUGGCACAUCAUUUAGACGAAAAAGACAUCAAAUGGUACAGAUGUUUACAAUGUCCAUACAAAACCAAAUUCAAUUUUUCUUUGAAAGUCCACACAAACACGCGCCAUUUGGACGAAAAAGACGUGAAAUGGUACAAAUGCUUGCAAUGUCCAUACAAAACCAAGUACAACUCGUCGUUGAGAGACCACAUAAACACGCACCAUCUGGACGAAAAAGACGUGAAAUGGCACGAGUGUAAAGAGUGUCCAUAUAAAGGCAAACAGGCUUCAGCUUUAAGAAGACACAUAAGAGUGCGACAUUUGGACGAAAAAGAUAUUAAAUGGUCUGAAUGCAUAUAUUGUUCAUAUAGAGCUAAACACCUCAAUGAUUUAAAAAGACACAUAAAUGCGCACCAUUUGGACGAGAAGGACGUGAAAUGGUACGAAUGCAAGCAGUGUCCUUAUAAAGCUAAACAUUUUUCAACUUUGAAAAGCCACAUAAUAGUGCAUCAUUUAGAAGAGAAAGAUAUUAAAUGGUAUCAGUGCCAACAUUGUUCGUAUAGGAGUAAAUUAGCCGCUAAUUUGAAAAGACACAUUGGGGCGCAGCACUCGGAGCAGAAGGACGUGGAGUGGUAUGAAUGCAAACAGUGUACAUAUAAAGCUAAAAAUACUUCUACUUUGAGAAGUCACAUAAGGGUGCAUCAUUUAGAUGAAAAAGAUAUUAAGUGGUUUGAGUGCCAGUAUUGUGUGUAUAGAACUAGGCAAGCGUCUAAUUUAAAAAGACACACAAAUGCGAAACAUUUGGACAAAAUGGAUAUUAGUUGAUUCGUCUAAAUGGGAAUGAUAAUGUAUUUUUUAAUAAAGCAAUUAUACCCUG